UGAUAUUUUCCUAAAUACCAUUGUCUUUACAAAUGCUGAUUCUGACAUGAACUUUCUUUAUCCGAGACAUACUGAAAAUUUUUUGAUUAUUACGCGUCCUCAAAAAGUAAUUUCUUUUUUUGAAGAUACUGGUUCUAUCUGCAGCACCAGCAUAAUCGUUCUUACUGGUCUAUUAUUAACAAUUUCUCUUAUAAUAUUAAUGAGUUGCAAGAGGCUAGAUUUUGUAUCCGGAUUACUUGAAAUUUUGCGAUUGUUAUUAAGCAUAAGUAUGGAGUCUAGCUUUUGUAGAUGUUCAUUGAGAAUUUAUUUCACCUUCAUACUUAUUUUUGUUAUAAUUAUGAAUAAUCAAUAUCAAGGUCGCAUGUCAGCCUAUUCGACGAAAGUUCAAAAAGAAGCAGUUAACAGUAUUGCUGAUUUACAAAAUUUAAAAUAUUCCAUUUAUAUGGCAACUUAUGUUAAAAAUCUUUUGGGUAUUGAUGAUUGGACAAACGAACAAAAAAAAUAUGUCCAUUAUUCAAAUGAUGAUUGCUACAAAUUCGUUAUUGAUGAUGACGAAUUUCGAACAGCUUGUAUUGGUAUUAUAGAACGUAAUUUACCCGGUGCUAUUAAACAUAAUUUACACGUGGCACUAGACAACAAUCAAAAAUUUGCGAGUUUUUUGGUGCGCGAAGACUGGCCUCUUAAGAAUAAAGCUGAUAAAAUAUUAUCGAAAUUGACUCGCGCCGGUAUUUUGAAUUAUUGGAGAAAGAAAGAAAUACAACAGCCAAUACAAAAGCUUAACGUUAUGGAAAUUGAAAUAUGGAGUAAUUAUCGACAGAUUACACUGCCCGAUUUAUAUUAUGUAUUUUUAUUAUGGGCAGUUUGUUUAUCGACGAGUAUAGUUGCUUUUAUUGUUGAAAUUUCUUUCCACCGGUUAACCCGACUAUAGAAAGUACUGUGGGAUCGCCCAGAGUAUACAUGUGGACCUCAUUGGGUUCCAAUAAGGCAUGCCCAAUAGGAAAAAUCCAUAUGAGGACCCAAUAACAACCCAAUUGGGAAAUCCAAAUCGAAAAGAAAUUAAAUCAUUGUAAGUUUUAUCCUAUUGGGUUCUGUGUGGGACCUAAGUGGGAAAACCCAUAAGGACCCAAUAGGUCUCACAUAAAAAUUUCUAGUCAGGAAGUUAAUAUGUGUGGUAAAAAUGCCGUUGGUUCUAUAGCAAAAAUAAGUAAUAAAAGUUCAGUGAUAAAUCAAUGAAAAUGUUAUAACUUAAUAAUCGAUUAUCACUUUAAUUUGUUGUGCGCGCAUAACAUACCCGUGGGUAUGUAUUUUCGUAAUUAGAUAUUUAAUUGUUUAAAUCGAAACAAAAUCAUUUGCCACCGAAAGUAUUUUAUACUCAAAUGAUCCCUUCCCAAUUUUAACUUAAAUUUAGAAUUUACUGUCUUGUUUUCUGUUACAAUUAAUUCGUGAUUGUGAGCUAUAUGUGUAUUGAUGUAUUUUCCCACAAUGAUAGAUGGUUCUAAGAAAAACAAGAGUCACGCUUCAAUGAAUAAAUUAUUAAAAAAUUACAUAGGUCAGAGUGAUUUUAUACUUAGUCAUUCAUAUGCAUAAUCUAAUGCGUGUUAGCUCAAUCUGAAACGAAUCAUGCUUAUCAACAAACACUCGUUAGUCAUCUACACUUAGCUAGAAAAACUUCAAACAUUGUGUCAAAAACAAAAAAAAUAUAUAUACUUGAAAGUGACGAUGAGGUUUUUAAAAAAAUCAAGUACUUUUUGUUUUAUAUUUAUAAUACUUAGGAUUUAUGUAGGAUCAUCAAAAACAUCGAUUUUUUGAUUAAUUAAAAAAUGGUAAAGAUUUUUGUCAAAGUUGCGUGUGAUACAUUCGCACAUUAAAGUUUUGAAUAAAUUAUACACAUGAACUAAUGCGUCUAAUGAAGCAAAAAAUUUUUUGUACAUUUUCUAUACUAUUACUGUUAAGAACGUUACUUUUGCUGUAUAUUUUCUAUUAAUGCUUUCAUUAUGAUCAUGUGUGAGUGCAAAUUGUCCAAAGCCAUUCACUUAAGAUGAGUUAUCAGUAAUUGUUGUCCAAGCGUUCUUAAACAAUACCUCUGAUUCAAAAAACGGUAAUAGAAGUCCUACAUAUAUGUGUAUAACGUGUUAAAUCGUCCAUUACAAAAUGAUUUGCGUGUAACACUUUCGCUUAUCAGAACCAUAAAUCAAUUAGAACGAAAGUUUUUUUUAUGUGAUCUACAUUUUCACUCUCAAAAAUAUCUAAUUGCUUUAUUAGAUAGCGAAAUCAAAGCUUAAAUCGUAGGAUCUUUUUCCUCAUUACUCAAUAUUAAAAUUCAAGGAUAGAAUAACUUGUUUCUCAGUACAAAUAAUAUUUAAUUCAGAUCUAAUAAUGAUAUGUGAUAAUAAGGAGAUAUAUUAUACGAUCAAUGAAUAAAUAAUGUAUAUAGAUAAUUGAAUAAUUGCACAUUAUCACGAUUACCGUGUACAUAAUGAUUAGCAAAAGGGAAUGCAUGUCGGCUCAACCUCGAAACAAAGCAUAGUUGUCAAGAAACAUAAGUCAGUCAUUGAUUGCGUUUCAUUAGAAACUUUUGGACAGUGUACAUUGGAAAAAAAAAAAAUGAUUAUACAAAUGAAUAACAUAAUAAGAGUUUCAAAAAAAUUAACAACUUUUUGUUUUUUAUUGAUAAUACCUUGGGCUUAUGCAGAAUCAUCACAAAACAGAAGUUUACUGAUUCAUCAAAAAAUGGAAUUGACACUUAGUGAUGCAUGCUUUUUUGAUAAGUUGGCUCCUGUUAUUAUUACUGAUGAACUCAAAGAAAUAACUUAUGAAACAUUAUUAAUUAAUGAGACUACGUCCAUGAUAUUUAUCGAUAAAAAUUUCAAAGCAAGCGAUUACCAAAAGUUAUCUUUUUCUAAAUGGCCUACAUAUGUUCUGUCAUCAAAUCAACUCCAAACGAUUCUUCGAGAAAUGAAAUCUUCGUCAUGGUGGAAUAUUGAUUCGAGAUUUCUUAUCGUUGAAACUUCUAAUGAAUCAUGCAGUAAUGCAUGGAAUACACUUCAAGUAAUGUGGAAGAACAAUUUACUUUCAUCAGUACUCAUAUGCCAGUAUUCUGAUAAUUCUGUAGCAUUGUAUACUUAUAAUCCUUAUGUAAACUACGCACCGCAUUCAUGACAGAAAGUGAAGAAUCCUGUCAAUGAGCAAGACAGCCAAUGGACCCUGUAUAAGCGACUCGACUUUCAAGAUGGAUCUGACUGCGACAACUUAUUUUUCGAUAAAACCAAACAUUUAAAUGGAUAUAAUGUCACCGCGAAAGCAGUACCACGUCCAGGAGUAUCAUCGGAGUCUGGAAAAGUUUUUAAUAUCAGUUCUUUAAGUGAUAAGUUGUACUAUUAUAAUUCAAAAAUUUUUCGUCAAUUACUUCAUUCCUUAAACGUCACACUUAUAAUAUCUUACGUUGAUGUAUCUGAUUUGGUUAGAACAGGAGAUAGCACGAGUGAAAUAUCGUUGACACAUUUGACAAUCAGUAAUGAUUUGUUCCUAAAUAUCAUGGUCUUUACAUAUGCUGAUCCUGACAUGAACUUUCUUUAUCCGAGACAUACUGAAAAUUUUUUGAUAAUUACGCGUCCUCAAAAAGUAAUUUUUUUUUUUGAAGAUACUGGUUCUAUCUGCAGUACUGAAGUAAUCGUUCUUACUGGUCUAUUAUUAACAAUUUCUUUUAUAAUAUUAAUGAUUUGCAAGAGGCUAGAUUUUGGAUCCGGAUUACUUGAAAUUUUGCGAUUGUUAUUAAGCAUAAGUAUGGAGUCUAGCUUUUGUAGAUGUUCAUUGAGAAUUUAUUUCACCUUUAUAAUUAUUUUUGUUAUGAUUAUAAAUAAUGAAUAUCAAGGUCGCAUGUCAGCCUAUUCGACGAAAGUUCAAAAAGAAGCAGUUAACAGUAUCGCUGAUUUACAAAAUUUAAAAUAUACCAUUUAUAUGGGAAGUUAUCUUAUAAAUCUUUUGGGUAUUGAUGAUUGGACAGACGAACAAAAAAAAUAUGUCCAUUAUUCAAAUGGUAGUUGCUACAAAUUCGUUGUUGAUGAUGACAAAUUUCGAACAGCUUGUAUUGGUAUUUCAGAACGUAAUUUACCCGGUGCUAUGAAACAUAAUUUACACGUGGUACUAGACAACAAUCAAAAAUUUGCGAGUUUUUUCGUGCGAAAAGACUGGCCCUUCAAAAAUAAAGCUGAUAAAAUAUUAUCGAAAUUGACUCGCGCCGGUAUUUUGAAUUAUUGGAGAAAUAAACAAAUACAAGAGCCAAUACAAAAGCUUAACCUCAUGGAAAUUGAAAUAUGGAGUAAUUAUCGACAGAUUACACUGCCCGAUUUAUAUUAUGUAUUUUUAUUUUGGGCAGUUUGUUUAUCGACGAGUAUAGUUGCUUUUAUUGUUGAAAUUUCUUUCCACCGGUUCACCCGAUUAUCGAAAGAACUGUGGGAUCGCCCAGGGUAUACAUUUGGACCUCAUCGGGUUCCAAUUAGACAUGUCUAAUAGGAAAAAUCCAUAUGAGGACCCAAUAACAACCCAAUUGGGAAAUCCAAAUCGAAAAGAAAUUAAAUCAUUGUAAGUUUUAUCCUAUUGGGUUCUGUGUGGGACCUAAGUGGGAAAACCCAUAAGGACCCAAUAGAUCUCACAUAAAAAUUUCUAGUCGGGAAGUUAAUAUGUGUGGUAAAAAUGACGUUGGUUCUAUAGCAAAAAUAAGUAAUAAAAGCUCAGUGAUAAAUCAAUUAAAAUAUGUUAUAACUUAAUAAUCGAUUAUCACUUUAAUUUGUUGUGCGCGCUCAACAUACCCGUGGGUAUGUAUUUUCGUAAUUAGGAAUUUAAUUGUUCAAAUCGAAGCAAAAUCAUUUGCCACCGAAAGUAUUUUAUACUCAAAUGAUCCCUUCCCAAUUUUAACUUAAAUUUAGAAUUUACUGUCUUGUUUUCUGUUACAAUUAAUUCGUGAUUGUGAGCUAUGUGUAUUGAUGUAUUUUCCCACAAUGAUAGAUGGUUCUAAGAAAAACAAGAGUCACGCUUCAAUGAAUAAAUUAUUAAAAAAUUACAUAGGUCAGAGUAAUUAUAUAAUUAAUCAUUCAUAUGCAUAAUCUAAUGCGUGUUAGCUCAAUCUGAAACGAAUCAUGCUUAUCAACAAACACUCGUUAGUCAUCUACACUUAGCUAGAAAAACUUCAAACAUUGUGUCAAAAACAAAAAAAAUAUAUAUACUUGAAAGUGACGAUGAGGUUUUUAAAAAAAUCAAGUACUUUUUGUUUUAUAUUUAUAGUACCUUGGAUUUAUGUAAAAUCAUCAGAAAACAUUAAUUUUUGAUUAAUGAAAAAAUAGGUAAAGAUUUUUGUCAAAGUUGCGUGUGAUACAUUCGCACAUUAAAGUUUUGAAUAAAUUAUACACAUGAACUAAUGCGUCUAAUGAAGCAAAAAAUUUUUUGUACAUUUUCUAUACUAUUACUGUUAAGAACGUUACUUUUGCUGUAUAUUUUCUAUUAAUGCUUUCAUUAUGAUCAUGUGUGAGUGCAAAUUGUCCAAAGCCAUUCACUUAAGAUGAGUUAUCAGUAAUUGUUGUCCAAGCGUUCUUAAACAAUACCUCUGAUUCAAAAAACGGUAAUAGAACUCCUACAUAUAUGUGUAUAACGUGUUAAAUCGUCCAUUACAAAAUGAUUUGCGUGUAACACUUUCGCUUAUCAGAACCAUAAAUCAAUUAGAACGAAAGUUUUUUUUAUGUGAUCUACAUUUUCACUCUCAAAAAUAUCUAAUUGCUUUAUUAGAUAGCAAAAUCAAAGCUUAAAUCGUCCAAGCUUUUUCCUCAUUACUUAAUAUUAAAAUUCAAAGAUAGAAUAACUUGUUUCUUAGUACAAAUAAUAUUUGAUUCAGAUCUAACAAUGAUAUGUGAUAAUAAGGAGAUAUAUUAUACGAUCAAUGAAUAAAUAAUGUAUAUAGAUAAUUGAAUAAUUGCACAUUAUCACGAUUACCGUGUACAUAAUGAUUAGCAAAAGGGAAUGCAUGUCGGCUCAACCUCGAAACAAAGCUAAGUUGUCAAGAAACAUUAGUCAGUCAUUGAUUGCGUUUCAUUAAAAACUUUCGGACAGUGUACAUUGGAAAAAAAAAAAUGAUUAUACAAAUGAAUAACAUAAUAAGAGUUUCAAAAAAAUUAACAACUUUUUGUUUUUUAUUGAUAAUAUCUUGGGCUUAUGCAGAAUCAUCACAAAACAGAAGUUUACUGAUUCAUCAAAAAAUGGAAUUGACACUUAGUGAUGCAUGCUUUUUUGAUAACUUGGCUCCUGUUAUUGUUUUUGAUGAACUCAAAGAAAUAAUUUAUGAAACUUUAUUAAUUAACGAGACUAUGUCCAUGGUUUUCAUCGAUAAAAAUUUCAAAGCAAGCGAUUACCAAAAGUUAUCUUUUUCUAAAUGGCCUACAUAUGUUCUGUCAUCAAAUCAACUCCAAACGAUUCUUCGAGAAAUGAAAUCUUCGUCAUGGUGGAAUAUUGAUUCGAGAUUUCUUAUCGUUGAAACUUCUAAUGAAUCAUGCAAUAAUGCAUGGAAUACACUUCAAUUAAUGUGGAAGAACAAUUUACUUUCAUCAGUAUUCAUAUGUCAGUAUUCUGAUAAUUCAGUAGCAUUAUAUACUUAUAAUCCUUAUGUAAAUUACGCACCGUAUUCAUGGCAAAAAGUGAAAAAUCCCGUCAAUGAGCAAGACAGCCAAUGGACCCUGUAUAAGCGACUCAACUCUCAAGAUGGACCUGACUGCGACAACUUAUUUUUUGAUAAAACCAAAUAUCUAAAUGGACAUAAUGUCAUCGGAGAUGGACUAGUACGCUCAGGAGUAUCAUCGGAAUCUGGAAAAGCUUAUAAUAUCAGUUCGCUAAGUGAUAAGUUGCUCUAUUAUAACUCAAAAGUUUUUCUUGAAAUAUUUCGUUCUUUGAAUGUCACGCCUACAAUUUAUUAUACGAGUUUAAUUGAUUUGGUUAAAACGGGAAAUCGAACCAGUGACAUAUUGUACAAAAACUUGGUAGAUAAUACUCAUGAUAUUUUUCUGACUAUAGUUGUUUUUACAAACGCUAAUUCUAACUUAAACUUUCUUUAUCCAAGACAUGUUGAAAAUUUGUUGAUAGUUACGCGUCCGCAAAGAGUAUUAUCUUUUUUUGAAGAAGCUGGUUCUAUUUGCAGUACUGAAGUAAUCGUUCUUACUGUUUUGAUAUUUUUAAUUACUCUCAUAGUACUAAUGAUUUGCAAGAGGCUAGAUUUUGUAUCCGGAUUACUUGAAAUCUUGCGAUUAUUAUUAAGCAUAAGUAUGGAGUCUCAAUUUUAUAGAUAUUCAUUGAAAAUUUAUUUCACCUUCGUGCUUUUCUUUGUCAUGGUUAUAAAUAAUGAGUAUCAAGGGCGUAUGUCAGCCUAUUCAACAAAAAUCCAACACGAUGUAGUUAACAGUAUUACUGAUUUACAAAAUUUAAAAUAUUCCAUUUAUAUGGCAACUUAUCUUAGAGAAAUUGUAGGUGUUGAUGAUUGGACAGACGAACAGAAAAAAUAUGUUCAUUAUUCAAAUGAUGAUUGUUACAAAUUCGUUAUUGAUGAUGACGAAUUUCGAACUGCUUGUGUGGGUUAUGUCGGACGUAAUUUAGCCGCUGCUAUAAAACAUGAUUUACAUGUUGUUCUAGACAAUAAUCAAAAAUUUGCAAGCUGUCGAGUACGCAGAGACUGGCCGCUUAAAACUAAAAUUGACAAAAUAUUAACAAAAUUAACAGAUUCUGGUCUUUUGAAGUAUUGGAAAGAUAUACAAAUAACAAAUCCAAUACAAAGGCACAAGAUUAAAGAAAUUGAAAUGUGGGAUAGUUAUCGCGAGAUUGUCCCAUCAGAUUUGUAUUACAUAUUUCUGCUUUGGGCGGUUUGUCUAUUGACGAGUGCGAUUAUUUUUAUCUUUGAAAUUUUUUCCGAUCGAUUAAGUUCAUAUACGUCGUAAGAAUGACUUUAAUUAUAGAGCAACAUAGAAUAUUAAAAGUUUAUCGAUAAAUCAAGUGAAAAAUUAGAACUUAAUAGCCAAUUAUCACUUCGAUAAUUAAAUAUUUUAAUAAACCAAUCCAAAGUAAUUAUUCAUCUGAAUUGUUUUCAUAUUCAUGUUAUUCACUGUAAGUCGAUAGACAUUCGACUGUCGAUGUGUGAUCAUAUUUACAUUUUCUAUAAUUUUUUAUGAAAAAUUCAACUGAAUAAAUUCAAAAGAUGUUAAAUUAAAUUUAAAGUUAACUGUUUUGUUUUCUAUUACAAAUAAUAUGUGAUU